UUUUUCACGCAUCCCACUCAAUACCCAUGAGUGCACCUUUUUCCCCUGCAUAAUAGUUUUAUAAUGAAGCCUCUCUCCCCAGACAGAUAACAUUUACAGUUGUUUCCAUGCUCCUCUGGGUCAAUACCGGUUCCCCAUAGAUAACAAAUAGCACACAGAUCGCUCCACUCAGGAAUUGAAGAUGUUUGUCUGAGAAUCAUUUGCAUGAACGCAAAUAUAAUUCCCUACCAAAGCAGUCACGUGACGCAGCAUAUCUGUAUUGACACGGAGUAGAGCAGCAGGUCGGUGCUGUGCUUCAUUGAUGGUUCAAACGAUGAAUCGUACGCUCGAGCCUGAGUGCUGCGCCUUCUCGUCUCCCAUCCUGGACCAGGUUUUGCCUCCGAUACUGGUCCUGGAGUUCAUGUUCGGACUCAUGGGGAACUUUGUCGCCCUGUGGAUGUUCAUCUUUCACAUGGACACGUGGAAGCCGAACUCGGUGUACCUGACUCACCUGGCCGUCGCCGACUCCAUCGUGCUGUUCUGCCUGCCCUUCAGAGCCGACUACUACCGGCGUGGGAAGAACUGGCUGUACGGCGACGCCCUGUGCCGCAUCCUGCUCUUCCUGCUGGCGGCCAACCGUGCGGCGGGGAUCUUCUUCCUCACCGCCGUGGCCGUCGAUCGUUACUUCAAGAUCGUCCACCCGCUGAACCGGAUCAACCGGAUGGGCCUGACCUACGCCCUCUGGGUCUGCCUCGGCCUCUGGGGUCUGAUUUUUCUCGCCACCGGGUACCUCCUCUUUGAAAAGCACUUCUUCAACAGCAACAACCGCACUCAGUGUGAGAGUUUCAACAUCUGCAUGGGCUUCAACCCGCUCUCCACCUGGCACAACACCUUCUAUGUCAUCCAGUUUUUCCUGCCCACCGCCAUCGUCGCCUUCUGCACGAUCAGAAUCACCUGGCAGCUGAGGAGCAGGACCGUGGACAAGAAGGGGAAAAUCAAACGGGCCGUUCAGUUCGUCUUGGCCGUGGCUUUGAUCUUCAUCACCUGUUUCUUUCCCAGCACCGUGUCACGUAUCGCCGUGUGGAUCCUCAAGGUGUGGUAUGACGAGUGCAGGUACUUUGAAACGGCCAACCUGGCCUUCUACACGUCUGUGUGUUUCACUUAUUUCAACAGCGUCCUCAACCCUGUGGUGUACUACUUCUCCAGCCCUGCCUUUAGUGGCACCUUCAAGAAGCUCCUGAAUAAAGUUCUGAGAAGGAGCGACAGCGAAGAUCAGACAGAGUCACCUGAGAAUGAGAUUUCCACUGUCGACAGUAGACGGCUGUGAAGCCACAGUGCUGCUGUGUUCCCUAAUUACACUGCAGGGAUACUCUGAGUUUUAACUGGUUAUGUGGAUGCAUGAUGCACUCUAAAGGCCUGGCUGCUGAUUAAAUCUCUAUUUACAACUUUAAUAAAAUGUAGGAAAAAGGUUUUGCUGUGGUUGUGAACAAUAAAAUUCACCCACUCAAACAUAAUUAGCAGUUUAAGGCUGUGUACUUGCACUGGUGUAGCAUAAUAAACCCUUGUGAGUGUGGUUGAAACGUGUAAUGAAAUGACUAAUGAAGGGAAUUAUGAGCCAUUAGUGAUGAAUAAUUUUGUUCAGUUGCAGGGUGACCUGAUGCAUAAUGUCUGAUAUUAACUCCAAAAGCUUGAAAAGGUAAUAUCUGUCAAAUAAGAGAUGUUACAUACUGUAAAUGUGCACGUAUCCAUAAUAUAACACUGAUUUUUUUUCCCUCAGAGUAAAAUAAUAUUUACAGUACAAAUCAGCUGAACAGCCAGAAGGUUUAGAUUACUCCAGUGGUUUUAGUCGAAUGUCAAUAAUCACACAGUCCAAACAGGUUUUCUCUGAAAGUAGGAGAGUAAUUAUGUAAAAGCAAUGUAGUUUAUUAUAUCUAUUGUCAUCCUGUGUGCACAUUUCAAUUUCCAGUCUUUACAUCCUGACAUGUUCCACUUUGUUUUCAAUAAAUAUAUUAAACAUUAGGAA